GCCUCACUCGCCCUGGAACAAUGGGAGACAUGGCAGCCUCUGCAGACAGCACACACACACACACACACACACAAUGCACAUGCCCAAGGACGGGCCUCUUGUAGCUGAAGCGUAGAGGAAACCGGCUUCCUCGCCUCACUCGCAGGGUGACGGCACUUUGAACAGAGAGAGGAAGAUAAUCUCCUCUGCAGCAGCCGGAAAACAGAAAUGUAAGGUUGUGGCCUUUCUGCUUUUUUUUUUUUCUUUUCUCCACCUCUUCCUCUGGUGCCUUUCAUUCUUCUGCGAGGAGAUCGCUUGGAUACGCCGGCUGGAUGACUGAAAAGGCAGCGAGAGGAAGCUCCGUGGUUUCGUUGUUGGGAGACCGCCGUGCCUGACGGGAGACCGACUCCUCUUCAGAGGUCAUAACGAGAGCUCCAACUGCAGAUGAGAACGAUGUCUGAUGAGACAGAACAGAGGAUGUGUGAUGAAGACUUUGGUUCAGACGAGGAAGGUGAGGAGGGAGACGUGGAGUCCUUUCUGGAGGACAACAGCAGCGAACUCGUGGACCGACUGAGGGAGCUGGAGGCCGAAAACUCUGCUCUGAUGUUGGCGAAUGAGAGUCAAAGAGAAGCUUAUGAGAGGUGCUUGGAUGAGGUGGCCAACCAUGUGGUCCAAGCUCUGCUCAAUCAAAAGGACCUGAGGGAGGAGUGCAUCAAGCUCAAGAUGUUGGUGUUCGACCUGGAGAGACAAAACCGAUCGCUUUGCGAGCUCUUUCAGCACAAACUGCCCAACCACCCAACCGCUCACUACCAGGUCCAGGCGGGUCCUCUCCCAGACUACAAUGCACAGCUGCACAAUGACUCUGCCAAACAGGUAGAGGCUGCACAGACUGAAGCACAAGCCAAGGGUAACGGUUACCGCACACAACAUGCCUCCCCCGGCCCCCGGGGCUCCGCCGCCUCCAUGGAGGCCCUGUCUCCCUUCUUCAAGAAGAAAGCACACAUCCUGGAGGUACUCCGCAAGAUGGAGGAGACGGACCCUCUGAAGUUCCACCCGUCCACCGCGAGCCUGUCUUUCUGCGACUACAGCCAGGUGCUCAUGUCCACCGAGGCGGUUUUGGCCACCGCGGACCCCCCCUGCAAAUCCCACCACUCCCACUGCAACUACUCCUGCCCGGACGCCGACUCACACCAGCGCGUCAACGGCGACGGGGCAGUGAAGUGCGAGGGCGGGAACGCCUGCUGUUUACACUGCAAGAGGAGCCCGGACAGCCCUCCGAAGCCAUGCAACCACGUCUGCACUCCCUCCAAAGCCCACCCGGCCACCCAGAGCCACGCGGCCCCUGCUGCCGCCACCAGCGAAUGUCACAGUAAGAGCCGAGCGGCCGAGUCCGCUCCCCCGUCUAAACGCUGCAACAAGAAUGAAGCCCACCAGCCACCGGCGGGCGCCGCCGCCGCGCAGUCCUCGGUCACGGAAACAGCCGACCGGAGUCUGGAGGGGAUGGAAGCGGAGCAAGAGACGGAGAGCUCUGAGAGUUGUCCGAACGGCAGCGUCUCUGAGGAGCUCACCGGUUUCUGUCCCGCCUCCCAGCUGCCCGGUUCCGCGACGGAAAGCUCGCAGAUCUCCCACUGUGACGCGGGGACGAGCGGUGGCGUCCGCAACGGCGUCAGGCCUGCCAUAUCGAAUGAGCCCUCCCCCGUCCCCGACAAAGACUGCGCGGAUCAGGGGGCUUCUUCCGCGAGAGCCAGUGCCUCCGUCAGCCCCAGCACGUCGUGCCUGACUGACGUCAAAGCCGCCGCCAUCAACUCGCCGUCCAAACUGCUCAAGUUCUUGAAGAUCCCCACCAUAGGGGAGAAGGCUCAACCUUCGACCCCUGCCGUCCGCCUGAGCCCCCAGCUCACGCGCAGCUCCAGGAUCCCCUGUCGCACCAACAACUACGAGGUGUACCACUCGCCGGUUCCCCCACGCAGAGCCACCACCACAGAGCGCUGCAGGCAGCCCCCUCCGCCGCCCUCGAGGUCCGAGUCCUACCCCGCCACGCACUCGGCGCCGACCUCGCCUCCUCAGCCCGACGACGUCUCCGCCUCGCCCGCCCCGGACGCGAGCUACGCCAGCCUCUCGGCACCUAAAGCCAGUGCUGCUGCAAAUACAGGAGCUCCUUCCGCCGCUGCCCCUUCCUCCUCCUCCUCCUCACCCAAAGUAUCUCAGAGGGUCCCUCAUUACGAAAAUGUCUGCAUGAUGUCUACCAACUCCAGAGAGGAGCAACCAACCCAGGGCCUUGAAAAAAGAACCACACUUCCAUCCCAAAUAAAAGCCAACGGUGGUGAGAGGAAGCUCGUUAAAUCGCUGCCCGAAAGUGUCCUCAACCCUCCUCCUCAAAGGAAGCAGUCGUCCUCGUCCUCGUCGGAGUCCACGUCAGAUGAAGAGGAGGAUUCAGACAGCCCGGUGUGGGUCAACCACCACAGCCUCCCCAACGCCGCCGCCGCCGCCAACAAGGUGGCGCCGGUCCGAGCCAGCUGCUCUCAGACCAGAGAGAAGCAGGAGGCAGACGUGAGGGAGAUCCCUCUGCAGAGCGCCGAGGUCGCCCAACAACAGCCGCCGCCGCCGCCUCCGGUCAGGAGGAGCGACUCGUCCUCCAUCCCCAAGAGGCCGGCGGCCGCGGCGGCGGCAGCGCCGGCGAGGCCCCCGGCUGACUCCAGUCACCACGCCUUCAAAGACAGGCUGGCUGCGCUCGGAAAGCUGAGGAGCUCCGAGGACCUACAAGUCGGCCUCAGGCCGGUGGAGGCAGUGAAUGAGUUUGUAGAGGAAAGGAGAAAGGAGCCCAUGGAGCUCCCAAAAGAGGAGCAGAGACAUUCCAAAUACACGGACGCUGUGGACGGUAAACCUAGACUCAGCGGCGGUGGUUUGAAGUACCCCGGUUCCUCUCAGCUGUAUGAACACGCUGUUAAGUCCGCCGGUUCAGUGGCCGUUAAACAAGAACUCUGCGUGACCAAGACUGAAGGUUCCAAGAGUAAAAUUGGUCUGCCGUCCCCCAACGCAGAUGCUCCGCAGGUACUACGCAACAACAUCAAGUGUCCCGCCUCCCUGAAUCUGGCCUAUAACCUUAAACCGGGCGUCGGUCCUCACAGUAGCAACAGCCCCAACAAAAUCCCCCCGAAGUCGCCGUCCAAACCUUGCCAGGGCGCGUCCAUCCACAGGGGGGGGAAGCCCGCGGAGGCCCCGCGUUACUCCUCCAAAUCAGAGGAGAGGACGAAGAUCAGCGGCAAAGGCAAAAAGAAUCCAAUGUACGGGGACAGCCUGCCGCCGCCUCCCCCGAGACCCCCCGUGUCCGAGGGGGAGGAGAAGCCGCCGCCGCCGCCGGUCCCCAGCCCGCAAUCGGCCAUCGAGCAGAAGGUGAUGAAGGGCAUCGAGGAGAACAUGCUGAAGCUCCAGGAGCAAGACAGAGGAGCGCAGUGCAGCGAGGUCAAGCAGAAGGCUUCAAACGGCAUCGCCAGCUGGUUCGGCCUGAAGAAGAGCAAGCUGCCGGCAUUGAGCCGCAAGACGGACGGGGCGAAGACGAAGGACGAGAAGAAGGAGUGGAAGAUCAACAUCCCUUCAGUGAGCAGGGACUCCGCGAAAACGGCCGGCAAGUGUAAAGAGGGAGUGGAAGGCCUGAACAUCUCGUCUCUGAUGGAGAAGGCGGAGGGGCUGAGGAGGGCGCUGGAGGAGGAGCGGGCCUACGUGGAGAGGUCAGGCAGGGGUCACUCAUGCGAGGUGGUGAUGGACCCAGCUCAGGGACAGCUGGCUGUGAUGUACCGGGGAGGACGCUCCGACAACUUCAUGCAACAGCUGUUGAACAGAGUGGACGGGAAAGACGUGAUCAGCGUACCCCAACGUCGCCUCUCGUUCGAUUGUAAGACCUCCAAGCCGGUGUUUUGUCAGCAGGGCGACGUCCUCUCUCACACCACCAGUCGCGACGAUAUGGAGAAGGGAUCAGAAAGAAUCGGCAAAAUAACAUCAGAUGAAAAUCUUGCAGAUUCCGUUCACUCCCAGCACUUUGCAGGUUCUGGAGCGUCCACGUACACGCUGGACAGCGGCAUCGGUACGUUCCCCCUGCCCGACUGCAGCAGCGGCGCCGCGGGGCGGAGCCUGUCCAAGACGAGGGCGGGAGCCGAGCGCCACUCUUCCGGCUCCCCGGGGAGGGCCGGCCGCCGGGCCCGCACCCUGGACAGGGAGCCGACGCCUCAGGACGAGUGCUACGUGCCUCACAAGCAGCUGAUCCCGACCAUCCAGUACGGCUCCGUGCUGGAGGGGAGGAGCCCCGCCGGCGUCAUCCGUGAAGACCAAGAGGCCCCCUUUCCCCUUCGCUCGAAGACCUGGACCUUCCCCAACCUGAAGACCGCGGCAGGACCUGCAGAGGUUUAUCUGGCAGUGGAGGAGGAGGAAGAGGAGACGGUGUCCUUUGGAUCUCCCUUCAGAGGGGGCAUGAAGGCCGGCGGCCCCUCCCCCAGGCCAGCGGGCGACCCGGGCAGCCUGCCCGUCCCGGCCCAGUCGGGGAUCCGCAGGGGGAAGACUCGGACUCCCAGCGUCCCCGAGAUGAGCCGGGAGGCCGGGCUGGAGCUGCUCAGGGAGCGGCCGGAGGAGGCGCUCUCCCCGAGCCGCCCUCAGGUCCUGGAGACCCCCGAGUCGCUCAGCGAUUCUCUCUACGACAGUCUGUCGUCCUGCGGAAGCCAAGGAUGAUCCGUCCAAGGCUUCGGGGAGAAGCUUAUCUAGUCCAGACAAUGUGACACAGCCCUUCUGGACAUUUCCUCCCGGCUUGCAGGCCGUACUGUGAUGCUGCUGACCCACCGCCAUCUUUGAGGAAGAGCGACUCGGUGCUCUUUAGACGUUCACAAGAAUAUUGUGCCGAUGCUUUCUCAUCAGCUGUUUCUCUGUUGCAACUGGAAAGAGAUCAAUAGACUUCUCCUCAGGAUUUCCUAUAAACAUGAAGCCAAAAGCCACCCCAGAUCGUAGAAGUCGUUCAUUUUUCUCACAAUCAGACUCUCCUGUGGACACUUUGAUUCAUGUAUAGAGGACUACAAAACGCAUGGCUAAGCUAAUGAUUAGCACAAAAGUUGUCACUUCUGGUAGUUGUUCAGCAACUUGUCUUUUGUUUUGAAUCAUUUUGGUAGACAGAUUGUUGUGUACAUCAAGCAAGAGCGGUUCAAUGGCUGGCGAUCUGUGUCAAUACAUCUAUUCUGUUCUGGACAUCAUUUUGUCAAAUGACAUAUUGGGGAGGAAAAAAACCCUUAAAAAAAAAAAAUCAAUCUCCUUAAAAAAAAAUGAAUGUUAAUAUCUGAUUCUUUAUUGCUAAACUCAUGCACCACAAUUUUAAAUGUAUGAACAAUUUUGUUUCGCGACCAAUUAAGGUUGUCAGAAAAUGUCUGUUUUAAAUCAUAAUACAUUUAAAGGUAAUAUAUACCAGCAAUAACAUAGAUAAGAGAAAUGGCUACACUAUUCAAUGAAUAUGUAUUUCUAUUUAUUUAUUUUGAAUGUACAUCAUUUGCAGUCUUUUCAUUUUGUAAUUCUUCGGUGAAAUUGCAGCCUUUUCGCUUGGUAAUUAUGUUCAUAACUGUAUUUCAACAUCUCCGUUGCUGUUCGUUCCCUAGCCAAUAGAGGUCCUAUGUACCAACUGCCGUUUUUCAACUUUCUAAUUAAAAUGUUUUGAUUUA